GACAGUUGACAAUUUUGUCAAACUUGACACUGACAGCCGAUUUUAAAAGCACUCUGCCAUGUGCUUUUAUUAGUAAAUAAUUAAGGUUUUAUGCAUUUCUAAUCAAUAAAAAUGCAGCAGGCACAUCGUGCAGGAACCUUAAAGCAGAGCAACAAAGCUCACAAGUCCCGACACCGUUCAAAACGGGGUAUUUCAGCGGCUGUUAAAGGUAAAGUAAAUGUUAAGGAGUUUGUUCGUCGCAAUCGUCAUGUUCUUAAAAAGGACGAGCGUCGUCAUCAGGCCCUUCAGAUUAGGAAGAACAAGCGGGAGGAAGUACUGGCCACUAAACGUGCACUGGGUGGAACUCGCAACCCUCCCUUCUUGGUGUGUGUUGUGCCACUGAAUGCUCAGUUAGAUGUGCAGUCAGCUCUUGUUAUUCUGAAGACUUGUUCAGAAGGAGCUGUAGUCACUGAAUCAUCUAAAGGAAUUUUGCAUGUUGGGCUACCAAACUUCAAGCAAAGAUUUUCAUUUGUUUGUCCUGAGGUGCAUGAUGAUUUUGGUCUAUUGGAUGCUCUAAAGGUCUCUGACACUGCUCUUUUUAUAACCUCUGCACUUGGUGAACCUGUUGACGAGUGGGGAGAGAAAGUCCUUGCAUUGUCUAUGGCCCAAGGUAUGCCUACACCCAUAGUUGCUACAAUGGACAUAGAAGGAGUACACCCUAAAAAGCGUACAACAGAAAAGCAAAAUGUCCAGAAGUUAAUAUCAAAAUGGCUUCCAGAAGAAAAAGUUAUGCAGCUAGAUAAAAGUUCAGAUGGAUUAAACUUGUUACGUAGAAUUGGAAACCAGAAACGAAACAUCAUCCAUCAUCGUGAAAAGCGGCCAUAUAUGUUGGCCGAAGAGGUUGAAUAUAUUGCUGAUAGUGAAGGAAACAGUGGUACUCUUAAAGUCAGUGGAUAUUUACGUGGCAUGCCUUUAAAUGUUAAUGGCUUACUACACAUCACUGGUCUUGGAGACUUCCAGAUGUCAAGAAUUGAUGGAUUAGAAGACCCUCAUAUGUUGAACCUGGGUAAAGAAAAUGUUAAAACAGAUGACACUAUGGAUGCUGAGGUCACAAAGGUGUCUGUGUUGCAAGUGGCUGAUCCAGCCAAACAAGAGAGCUUGGUGUCAGAAAAUAUACCUGACCCUAUGGAGGCUGAGCAGACAUGGCCUACUGAGGAGGAAAUAGCAGAAGCUAAUUUAGAUACUAAGAAGAAAAAGGUGAAAAAAGUCCCAAAAGGCUGGUCUGACUACCAAGCAGCUUGGAUUGUCGAAUCUGACGCGGAAGGGGAAGGCUCAGACGAUGAGAGUGGUAGCGAAGAUGACGACAAUGACGAAUUCAUGUCUUGUGAGGAAGACAAAUCUGAUGAAGAAGAAAUUGGAGAAGACAAUGACUUUGAAUCAGUGACUGAAUCACAAGUAGGUCCUACAGACGAGAAGUAUGAUGCCACAAUAGAUGCUGCAGAAGAACAUGAAAUGCUUCAAAAACUAGCUGCUGCUAAAGAAGAUCGCCAGUUUCCUGAUGAAGUGGACACUCCUCAAGAUGUACCUGCUAGGGAAAGAUUCAUGAGGUACAGAGGGCUGGAAUCCUUCAGGACCUCUACCUGGGACCCCAAAGAGAAUCUCCCCGAGGAUUAUGCUAGGAUAUUCCAGUUUGAGAACUAUGAUAGGACUAGAAGGAGGGUGUUCAAAGAGCUGGAGGACAGCUUGGUUAAUAUGUACGGCUUCUACAUCACCAUCCAUGUGAAAAACGUCCGCCAAGAUCUCUGGAAGGCAUUCAGUUUGGCCAACGCGAAUGCUCCAUUAUCUGUUUUCGGGCUAUUACCCCAUGAACAGAAGAUGUCUGUUAUGAAUGUAGCCCUGAAGCGCACGGGGGCCAGUGACGAGCCUAUUAAGAGUAAGGAGCGGUUGAUCUUCCAAGUUGGAUACAGGAGGUUCAUUGUCAACCCCAUAUUCAGCCAGCAUACUAAUGGCUCUAAGCAUAAGUAUGAGAGAUUCUUCCAGCCAGCGUCGACGUGUGUUGCCUCAUUUUACGCGCCAAUACAGUUUAGUCCCUCUUCCGUUUUGUGUUUUAAGGAAAAGAAAAAUACGAAAUUACAAUUACUGGCAACUGGAGUUUUGUUAUCUUGCAACCCUGACAGGUUGAUAAUUAAGAGGAUUGUACUAUCUGGUCAUCCAUACAAGGUUCACAAGAAGUCAGCAGUGAUAAGAUUUAUGUUCUUCAAUAGAGAUGACGUCGUUUACUUUAAGCCUUGCAAACUCAGGACUAAGUAUGGCCGCACUGGUCAUAUUAAGGAAGCUUUAGGUACCCACGGCCACAUGAAGUGUGUGUUUGACGGGCAGCUCAAAUCUCAAGACACAGUACUCCUGAACCUAUACAAGCGCAUCUUCCCGAAGUGGACGUUUGAGAACUGCAUCGUCACCGACAGAGAUGGCAAGGAGAGUGAUAUGAUGGAGUAGAUGAUUUGUAUUAUGUAAAUAAACUGCUUAGAAUCGUUA